CUUCGGUUCUCCCGGCUAGCGGGCGAAUAUCUGGGCCAGGCGGAGGAGUGCGGACUGGGCCGCAGAUGUCAUGUGGCCUGUGCUUUGGACCGUGGUGCGUACCUAUGCUCCCUAUGUCACGUUUCCUGUGGCCUUUGUGGUCGGGGCUGUGGGUUACCACUUGGAAUGGUUCAUCAGGGGAAAGGCUCCCCAGCCUGUGGAGGAGGAAAAGAGCAUCUCAGAGCGCCGGGAGGAUCGAAAACUGGAUGAGCUGCUAGGCAAGGACCACACCCAAGUGGUGAGCCUUAAGGACAAACUGGAAUUUGCCCCUAAAGCUGUCCUGAACAGAAACCGCCCGGAGAAGAAUUGAUGGAGAACACAGGGCCCUGUGGUCCACAGGGCUGUGACUGGUCCUGCACCAUGGCGACCCAGCCCCAGAACAUAUAUUUGAUUUGCUUUGCUGCUUAUUCUGGCUCCUCCCACACCCCACAGCCACACAUGUACUGGCUGCUCCUUUAUGGCCAGGCAGACAGCAGUAGCUGAGGGCAAGCAGAGGAAGGCUGCUGUUGUCAUGCAAGGGCCACAAAUGCUCAGACUUUGAGCUUAUGUGGGUGCACUACAGGAGGAGUGUUAUGAAAUGAACAUUGACCUUUAGUCUCCCUGGAGAGGCAAUGCAGCUUUGAGUGGCAGUGGCUGGAUCUGGGUGUUCUAUUAGGAGGGCACCUACAUGUCUCGUUGCAGUUUACACUGGGAAGAAUUUAAAGAUCACCCUGACUCCCUUGCCUAGUCCCUUUCCUUCAUCCUCAUUCUUCCUGAAAUCCUAUUGUCAGCCCAGGAAUGGGAUUCCCUGGAGAACAAAAGCAUUUUGUUGUUGUUGUUGUCAGAAGCUCAAGCUAUUCACAUUGGGGCAGGGAGGAACGGUGCCUGGUGAAUUUAAUUGAAAACAGUCACCGUCUUCCACCCCUCAUCACUAUGUAGUGAAAACCAUGAUUAAAGUGGCUCUGAGAAUCAUAGCAAUGGAAUUCUAUCUUCCCGGUGGCAUUUGGGGCCUCCUUAGAAGUUAGGAAGAGUGGGCAUUGGUUGGGUAGGGUAAACAAUAGUGUUUGAGAACUCCUGGGCCCUGGAAACUUUGUUUUAUUGAGCGGUUGUUGAGAGUCCUAGAGGACUCUCAAGGUUCCCAAGAGCCUUUUUACCAUGAUAACGAGGCUAUAGCAACUCCAAAGUCUCAAUGGGAGUGCAGCACAUGCACAAUACACACGUACUUUCCCCCAUGAAAGUAGUGUAUGCAACAUUGAAGAAAAGUCCCAGUGCCCUAGUACAACUGCUAUUAUUAAUAUUUUCUUGUUUUUUUUACUACUCUAGUUUUUAGAAUAGUUACAUCACUGUACUUUUAUAUUAUUUUUCACAAAUUAUUUCAUAUAAUUUUCCCAUCUUAUCAUAUG